GAUUGAACCCAUGGCAAACGUGGUUGAAAGCAGAGAAUGGUACUUGGCUGCGUAUUCCACUCAAGGUGUUCCAUCCUCUCAACAUCUCAAACUCCGCACAGUCACUCUCUCACUAGCCUCUCAUUCAAUCCCUCAAGGUCACGUCGCCGUCGAGAUUCUCUUCAUCUCAGUUGAUCCAUACCUUCGCACUAGACUCACUGGCAUCCUCGACGGUCUUUACAUUCAGCAAUAUGAAAUUAACCAGGUGAUUACCGCAUUUGCUGUUGGAAGGGUAGUAGAAUCGAAAGACAGUAAAUAUACGAAAGGGGAUCUUAUUCUAUGUUCAUCUGCUCCCGUGGCUGAAUAUUGUAUCAUACCCUGUUCUGGUAUAAGAAAAAUUGAUGCUACAAGGGGAAUUUCGUUGCCGGAUUAUCUAAGUUCCCUAGGGAUACCUGGGUUUGCUGCAUGGGUGGGGAUAGUGGUGUUGGGAGACCCAAAACCUGGCUCAAAUGUGUUCAUAUCUGCUGCCUCCGGUGCGGUUGGUAUCAGUGCUGGACAGUUGGCUAAGAUUCGUGGUUGCAGAGUCAUCGGAAGCACUGGCUCCGACGAGAAGGUGAAGCUCAUUAAAGAGGAAUUUGGGUAUGAUGACGGAUUCAACUACAAGAAGGAAACAGAUUUUGACGCCGCUUUAAGCAAAUACUUUCCUGAUGGCAUUGAUGUAUACUUUGAUAAUGUUGGCGGUAAAAUGCUUGAAUCCGUACUGAACCAUGUCAACAAGUAUGCAAGGAUACCACUUUGCGGGAUGAUAUCUCAAUACAAUAAGGUUUGGACUGAAAGAGAAGGCGUAAGGAAUCUUUUGAAUAUGGUGGGAAAGGAGGUGAGGAUGGAGGGAUUUAUGCUGGAAUCGUAUUGGCAUCGUUUUGGAGAUUUUGCUAAGGAUAUGGAAGGAUACAUAAAAGAGGGAAAGGUUAAGUCCAAGAAUAAAAUAAAUAUUGGAAUCGAGAGUUUUCUGGAGAGCUUAAGCUCCCUAUUCACUAGCUCUAAUAUUGGAAAAGUUGUUGUUCAAGUUAAAGCCUAAUACUGUCCAGAUAUUGAACUGUCUCUCCCAUGGUUUUGUCGUUUGAUUUGUUUUAAACUAAGACUGCAUAUUUAAUUAUUUAUGUGUUAAAUGUAAUCAGUAUUUAAGAUUACCCAGUAGAAUUAGGUAUUUUUAUGC